AGAUACUGGGAGAGUUACCUUGAGUGUUUAAGUCUUCUGCAUUUGACUUCUUAAAUCACCAUCACUUAUCUUUGCUUUACUGUGUUUCACAUUUCCAGAAAUUGUCCUGUUGUUGCAAACAAAGAGGACAAUGUUGAUUGCGAGUCACACAGUUUCUCUGGCGCUGCUGCUGUUAUCAUUUGCCUUUGUUGUUGCAGAUGCCAUUCGAUCUUUGAAAGAUGGACCCAUGAUCGAUCCUGAGGGAAGGGAAUAUAAAUCUGCUACAUUUAGAAUUGACUCUGAAAACAUCCGCGGACCACAACUCAAUGACGGAUCCACUGUCCGUGUACAAUGCACAGAAGCAUCAAUGAUCAUUCUGGUAAAGGCUGACCUGUAUGGAAAUGGGCAUCUUGUGUCUCCGGAAGAGCUUUUUUUGGGAGAAGCGGAGCAUUCAGAGAGCAGUCAGUGCCAAGCUGCCCCUGCUAGUGACACUGAAUAUGUCAUAAAGGCUGGACUUCAAGACUGUGGGUCUAACUUAACUAUAACUGAGGACUCUGUGAUCUACUCAAACGAGCUGAUAUUCUCACCAGCUUCCAGUUAUCAUGGCAUUACAAGGAUGACCCAUGCUGUAGUUCCUGUUUCCUGUCACUAUAAAAGGACACACUUUGUGAGCAGUAGCGCUCAGCAGUUGCCCCUCACGCUCUCAACUUCUGCAAAGUAUUCAACAGGGAACUCUGCUUUCUCCUUAAAGCUGAUGACUGAUGACUGGACAAGAGAGAUUUUCUCCAGUGUCUUUUACCUUGGAGACGUCCUGCACCUCGAAGCAUCUUACACUGGUCCUGAUCCAGGACCAAGACAACUCUUUGUUGACAGCUGUGUCGCCACUCUGACACCUGAUGCAGCAUCAGUCCCCAGAUACUACUUCAUCGAAAACAAUGGGUGCCUCACUGAUGCAAAAGAGGAAGGAUCAAACACACUGUUCCAACCCCGAACGAGGCCCAAUGCACUUCAACUGCAGCUUGAUGUGUUCCUGUUUCACCAGGAUCCGAGGAACUCAAUAUUUAUCACAUGCCAACUGAAGGCUUCUUCUGAAAUGUGGAAGAGCAGCCCCAUGAACAAGGCCUGCAAUUAUGUGCAUUCAAGAUGGGAAAAUGUGGACGGAAAUGAUGACGUUUGUCGGUGUUGUGACAGUAGGUGUCAUGAAAGUUCUCCAAAAGAUGUGAAGAGUUUGCAGCAUACUUCAAGGAUACGAUAACCACCAUCAGAUAUUACAGUCUGUGGCACUGCGACUAUUGGCCCUUUGAUGAUUUUCCCAAGCAAGUAGGAAAAGAACAAAUAUCUGGACAAUAAACAGUCAAAUAUU